CGCUGCGCUCUAGGGUUCUCCGUUUUGCGCCGUCUUAUCCCUCCGCUCCUCACAAAAACGUGCUUCUCGCCGCCACCACCCUAACCCUAGUUCCCCCGCCGCCAUGGCCGACGACCACUACUCCUCCAAGCGCAAGUACGACGACUCCCCGCCGCCGCGCCGGACGGGAUUCUCCUCCGGCCCGCCGCCCGCCUCGCCGCCGGUUGCCGGUGCCCCGGUGCCAUCUUCGUACAACACUGUGCCGCCGCCUCCCGACGAGAUCCAGCUCGCGAAGCAGCGCGCGCAGGAGAUCGCAGCUCGGCUCUUCAGCGCCGCUGAGGCGAAGCGUCCCCGCGUCGACAAUGGCGAUGACGACGUGGGCACCGGUGGGGGAGGAGGGGGUUCCCUGGGGAGCGGUGGCCGUAUCGGCGGUGGCGGCCUCGGAUUCUCGUCCUCAGCCGGUGGUGGCCAUGCUUCUUCCAUCCCACCCUUAUCUUCUCAAGGAAACUCACAUCAGUAUUCUUCAUAUGGUGGUGGAUACCAGAGUGGCAGUACAACAAAAAAGAUUGAUAUCCCAAAUGGAAGGGUUGGUGUUAUCAUUGGAAAAGCUGGAGAAACUAUAAAGCAUCUCCAAGCUCAGUCAGGGGCAAAGAUCCAAGUAACAAGGGACAUGGAUGUUCAACCCGGCUCACAGACAAGAUCGGUCGAUCUUUCGGGCACUCCUGACCAGAUAAACAGAGCUGAGCAGUUGAUAAUUGAUGUUCUUGCAGAGGCUGAUGCUGGAUCAUCUGGCACUAUCUCUAAUCGGAAGUACAACGCACCUCAACCUGGUGCUGAGCAAUUCCAAAUGCAAAUUGCUAACAAUAAGGUGGGUCUGGUUAUUGGUAAGGGUGGUGAGACUAUAAAAUCCAUGCAGGCCAAAUCUCAAGCUCGUAUACAGGUCAUUCCUUUGCAUUUGCCUCCUGGUGAUACUUCAACUGAAAGAACACUGUAUAUUGAUGGUACUGCAGAGCAAAUUGAAAUAGCAAAGCAGCUUGUGAGUGAGGUCACCAGUGAGAAUCGUGCCAGAAAUCCAAUGUCAGGUGGCUAUUCUCAGCAGGGCUACCGCCCUCCUCGUCCUCAGGCAAACUGGGGUGCGCCUGGUGCACCAACAACACAACAGCCUGGUUAUGGUUACAUGCAGCCUGGACCUUAUCCUGGUGCGCCACCACAGUAUGGCCAGCAACCUUAUGGCAGCUACCCUCCAGCAUCUGGAGGUUAUCAGACAGGGUGGGAUCAGUCUUCAAACCAGCAAUCACAGCAGGCCCCCUCUGCCGCUGGUUAUGACUACUAUAACCAACAGCAGCAACCCCAACAGCAACAAUCUGCCACUGGAACUGCUGCACCUGCUGAUGCUAGCAACUACAAUUACAGCCAGCCUCCUGCUAGUUAUGCUUCACAAGGGUAUGGUGAUUCUACCUACUCUCAGCAGAGUGGUGGGCAGCAAGCUUAUGACUACUCUGGUUACCAGACCCAGGGGCAGCAGCAGUCUUACUCGCAGCAGCCUGGAUAUGAUCAGCAGAGCUAUGGGGCAUCUGGCUAUGGAUCAGCUGCUAACUCAACUCAGGAUGGUACUGCACCUAGCUAUGGUGGUCCAGGUGGUGCUGGUCAAGCAUCUCCAGGGCAGCAAGCUUCCACUCCAUCCUCUGGAGGCCAACCGGGUUAUCCUAGCCAACCACCUACUAGUGCUGCUGCAUCAAGCUACCCAGUGCAAGGUUCUGCCCCUCCAUCUGGAUACGUUGCUCCACAUACACAGCCUGGUUAUGGUACGCAGCCACCACCACAGGGCGCAUACGGUCAGGGUGCUUAUGGGCAGCCUCCGCAGGCUCAGAAGCCGCCUUCAUCUGCUCCUACUUAUGGACAGCCACCGCCUGCUCAGGCUGGUUAUGGGCAGUAUGGAUACAGUCAGCAAGGCUAUGGUGCACCGCCGCCUUACCCUGGUGCACCCACUGCUAGCCAGCCAGGCUAUGGCCAGCAGCAGUCAUACGGUGAUCCUUAUGCUACUGGUAGCUAUGGGCAGCCUACAGCGUAUUCUACUGAAGCUACAGCACCUGCUGCUUCCCAGGAUCAAUCUGCCGCCGCACCUGCCCCUACCACAGCAACUGCCGCUCCUGCUCCUGCCAACAGUGGUGCCCCCCAAACUUCUCCGAGUUGAGCUGCCUGCUCCUGCCUCAGCUGCAUCUGCAAUCUGGUUUCCUUGCUCUGCUGCUUGAAGUAUAAUCCUCAGUCUAUCCAUGUUAUCUUACUUUUUAUUGCUUGCUUGUGAACUUUAUAUAUUGCUAUAUUAUAUCCUGGUUUUGCUGCUUGCGUAUGGCAUGUACUGCUGUGCUUGUGAUCGCUGGUGCAUAAUGUGACCUAUACUUUGGAUACUGAAAUGCAACUGUUCAGUUUUGCAGCUUAACGUGUUAUUAUAGUUAUGUGGAUGAAAUAUGUAUUUGACAUCAAUUUCUAGCAGGCACUUGAGCCUCAUACUUUGUUGUCUUUCAUUUGAUGUUUUCACAUUGUUAUGUGGGGAUCACUGUUUCAUUGGCUCUGCUGCUGUUCUUGCAUCCUACCAUAACAUACGGAUGUAUGUAGACAUGUUUUAGAAUGCAGACUCAUUCAUUUUGCUAAAAAGACUUAUACUCCCUCCGUCUGGGAAUUCUUGUCCCAGAAAUGAAUAAAAGGGAUGUAUCUUUACGGAGGGAGUAUAUAGGAACGGAGGGAGUAGUUUACAUCGCUCCUGAGAUGUAUUCAGGUGGUGCUUAGAGCACUAAUCCGUCCAGAUCGAUCUUGGGUUACGCUUGCCCCCAAAUUCCAUUUUUGUUCAUGAGUGAAUCGAGUCUUUUUUUGGUGCGGUGAUUAUAAAACAUUCCUCGUACUGACGGGAAAUCCCUGUUACCGACAUCUAUACAUCCAUAUAAUCUUUCUUUUUGUGAAAAUACAUCCAUAGAUUCUGAGCAUCAAUAUACAAUGUAUUUUUUGGUUUUUUUUAGCAUCAGUACAGACACAAACGCUCAUAUACACGCGCACACACGCACCCUUAUGAACGCACAUACGCACACCUUACCGCUAUGAUCAAUCUGCCGCCGCACCUGCCCCUACCACAGCCGCUGCCGCUCCUGCUCCUGCCAACAGUGGUGCCCACCAAACUUCUCCGAGUUGAGCUGCCUGCUCCUGCCUCAGCUGCAUCUGCAAUCUGGUUUCCUUGGCUCUGCUGCUUGAAGUAUAAUCCUCAGUCUAUCCAUGUUAUCUUCAUUGCUUGCUUGUGAACUUUAUAUAUUGCUAUAUUAUAUCCUGGUUUUGCUGCUUGCGUAUGGCAUGUACUGCUGUGCUUGUGAUCGCUGGUGCAUAAUGUGACCUAUACUUUGGAUACUGAAAUGCAACUGUUCAGUUUUGCA